GAAUUCCCAUAUAAAGUUAUCAGCUAAGUGUACCUAGCCUGGGCUCGCAAGUGUGCCUGCUUAAUAUGGUGUAAUGCUGGUGACAUUAGUCACUGUUAAUUGCUCAAGAGUUGAGAUGAGGCAGGCAAUCACUGAGUUCAUCUGUAAAAAAAAUGACUGUAGUCAUAUUAAGAAAUAAAAGGCUAUAUGGCUACUUAAUGACUGCAAGUUAUUUCAACAAAACUGACAGCAUUAAUUUUCAUGGGAACAUAUACUGCACCAGAACUCUGAAAAUGCCAGAGGGCAAGCAGUUUGGGGUUCUUAAUUGUUUCAUUUUAGCCUUCAUUGUUUUUCUAUUUAUCAGUUGUUUUUUCUUUUAAUAGAGUCUGUUCUAUUCCAAAUUUUCAGCUCGUUUGAUUUUUAAAGAGAAUAUGUAGGUUGAAUUAAACCCGACUGGAUAUUGACUUCAUUUGAAAAAGAUUUCCCUUCAAAUUUUUUCCUACACUGGCAUUCAUUUAGACAGAAAGCAGUAAAGGAGCCACACAGAUACUGUGGAGCUCUGGCUUCAUGGCUACUUCGUGAUUCUUGGUAUUUUGAGUCUUGCCUGAAGUCAUCUUUUUAAUGGCAGUGGUGUGGGCAGAAGGGAGUUGUGGGGAGGGUGGCAGUCCUGUGCUGUCCGCAGCCCAAGUCGGAAAAGGAAAGGGACAACGCUUCACAAGAAACAGCACAUGCUUUCCUUUCAUUUCUGGGAGUCCCGGGGUCAACCUACAGAUGCUGCUUCUUCCGUGGCCGAUGGCAUUCAGACUCCUCGCUGUGGCCGACGGUGCCAGGCAAACAACUGGACAGGACAGCUCAGCUACAGAACACUGGCCACAGUCUCGGCCAGAGCAGCAGCCCCCCAGCCACAGACCACCUCCACCACCCCAUCCAGGAGCAUUCCCGCCUCCUUCAGGCUUGCUGCGGCCCCGCCACAGGGGCUGAAGAACUGGGAGGUGGUGGCAGCAGUAGCAGCAGUGCCUACAGCCUUGGGGCCAGUCCAGACACGUGGGACCCUGCUUCGGGUAACUCUGCAGCCCCUCCGGAGCCAGAGAGGGACCGAAGACUUCCCCAGCGCUCACCAUUGCCUCUUCCUGUGGCUGAAACGUGGGCAAGGGCUCAUAAUGGAAACUGCCCCUCCUAAGCUGAAUUCCAAAGCACGACAGGCAGAGGUGGGGGUCGGGGUGAGCAGUGCUCAAGACAGCCAGGAGCUCAAACAGCAGCUGUGGCCACUUCCCAAGCCUUCAGCGUCCUCCCAUCGAGAAGCGAAAUAUGUGGAGAUGUGCGCUUCAGCUGAAGUCCAGAGGGAGAGUCCCCGGACCAUGAAACUUACCCUGGGGCACUGCCCUGGGGGUCAGAGGGCCUAUAGGAGCCCAAAGGAGAAAGCCCAAGAUGAACCCAGCGGUCAAAAGUGCCAGGCUCCAAGGCCCCAGAAAAAUCCUGCCUCCUCUGAACUCUCCAGAUCCCAGCAGUCUGCCUCUGAAGAGGGUGGCAACUUCUCAUCUUCCUCGUCUUCCUCUCCGGUGAACAAAGCAAAAGAGGAUGGCCUUUCCAAAAUGGAGGACUCCACCACAUCCACGGGGGCUCUGGCCACCUCCUCUUCAUCCUUAGGCUUUGAGAGUGAGAGUGGUGAGAGCGAAGUUUGCCAGCCCUUGGGAGGAGAAGGGGGGAAAAAAUCAGGAGGAGGGGAAGGAGGAGGAAAAGGAGAAGGAAGAGGAGGGGGAGGAGGGGCAGGAGAUGGAACAGAGUGCAGGGACAUUAUUGCCAAGUUUCAGGGCAGCAGGGACCCCCCUAAAGUCGAAGACGCUCACUACAUCACCACCCAUGAGAUCCAGCUGAGUGAGGUGGAACAGGACAUGGAUUUCGACGUGGGGCUAGCCUCCCGCUGGGAUUUCGAGGACAACAACGUGAUCUACUCGUUUGUGGACUAUGCUUCCUUUGGUGGCAGCGACGAGACCCCGGGGGACAUCACCAGUCCGACCGAAGAGGACGACGACAACAGCUGCUACCUCAGCACCACUCCCAGCACCAACACCACCCGGACGCCCAGCCCCACCAGCAGCGACCUGGCCCGCCCCAAUGCAGGCCGCAGUGGUCGCGACACCAGCAGCACGGAAGUGGGCAGCGGCCCCUCUGACAGUGGCCCCACUCCCCCACCCACUGGGCCUGGCACUGCCACCCAGAGUGAGUCCGUGCCCGAGACCCCGGAGGUAGCUUCAGGGGCAGCAGCCGCCGCAAGCAGCUGUGGGAGUGCAGCAAGCCAGAUCCUCCUAUCAAUCAAACCGGCUUCCCGGGCUAUAAAUGAGCCUAGCAACGUGCAUGCAAAGCAAAACAUUAUUUAUGCUGCCAAGCAUGAAGGCGACAUGAGCCUCCGCGUCUCCACAGCUGCUGAACACAAUUCAAGUUUGCUGAAGCAAAACCCGGCUGCAGCCGUGGCUCAGGACCAUGCAAAGAAAUUCAUUGCUGUCCCUGCUCGCCUGCAAACCAGGUGCGGGGCCAUCCGGGCAAAGGAGCUGGUGGACUACUCCAGCGGAGCCUCCAGUGCCGUGAGCGAAUUGGACGAUGCGGACAAAGAGGUGCGUAACCUGACCUCCCGGGCCUUCCGGAGCCUGGCUUACCCGUACUUUGAGGCUCUGAACAUCAGCUCGCGGGAGUCCUCCACCACGCUCUCCGAGGUGGGCUUUGGACGCUGGUCGACCUUCCUGGACUUAAAAUGUGGGGGUGUUGGGGCCAGGGUGGAGCAGAGCCUCCUCAGGAGCAGCGCGGCCUCUGUGGCUGCAGGUCUGAGGAAGGGCAGUGGGGCCCGGGCCACUGCCGACCAGCUCUACAUCCAGUCCAAGAAGUCUCAGACCAAGGCCUUGGAGUUCGUGGUCAGCAAAGUCGAGGGGGAAAUCAAACACGUGGAGACGCCCCUGUGUUUCCAGAAGCAGGUCCAGACGGGCUCCCGCGUCGUCACCCUUUUGGAACCCCUGAAUUUACGCAGUGACAGCAAAGCCAGCUCGGCCCCUGGGCCCGGCAGGGCCACCAAAGGCCCGGGCAAGGGUCCCGGCUCGGCAUACACGGACGACGGCUCCGAGACCUCCGAGGUCAGCAAGCCCUCCUCCCGCGCCGACGGCCCCCAGAAGUCCAAGUUCGCCUCCAGUCUGCUCAAAAAUGUCAUUUCCAAGAAGAUGCAGCGGGAACACGAGUUCAAAAUGGAGAGGGGAGAAGUCACAGAUACAUCCCACCACCUCGCAGGCACCUCCAAGGAGACGGAGGGCGCCCCCGGGAGUGAGAGGCAGCGAGAGAGAGGCCUGCAGAGGCAGAGCUCUCGCCACUCCGAGGCCGGCUCCGAGUACACCGUGGUCAGCGUGUCCGAUGCGGGCGGAGAGGGAUCCGUGGCCGGCACCAAAUCCCCCAUCUUCAAAGCCAGUACCCCUCGGGAGCGCAGCGCAGGCCCCGGCCAGAACGUCACCGAUGGACACACAGAAGUGUGUGAAAUUAAAAAGAGUGCCUCAGAGACCGUCAAGGGCAUCUUCCUCCGCAGUCAGAACAGUGCGUUCCGGUCAUGGAAGGAGAAAGAGGCCGAGAAGCGGGAGGAGCAAGCCCCCAUCCGGAAGCUGAAGCUGCCCAAAGGAGGCGACUGGCGGGCUGAUCUCGGGGAGAUCUCCGCCAGCAAGAACACCAUCAUGUCUCGCCUCUUCGUCCCCAACAUCCAGCAGACACCCAAGGACAAGCAGCCGGGGAAGCAGGCCACCAAGUACCCUGCCGCCCAGGCCACCUCCACAGCAGUGAUCAGACCCAAGGCUCCUGAAAUCAAGAUCCGGCUGGGGAGUGUGCAGCAGCCGAGCUCAGACUUCAACAUUGCCAAGUUGCUCACGCCCAAGCUGGCCGGUGGCAGCGCCUCUAACCUGUUCAAGACCAUCGAGGACAACAGCAGGGCACAGCAGAAACUCUUCCGCGGGGACAACCUAGAAAAAGUGCCCCAUUUCCAGGUGAGAGACAUCAGAGACAAGUCCAAGACUCAAGGCCCCCUCCACCAGGUGAGAGAUGUCAGGAAACUAAUCAAAGGAUCAGGGGAUAGCAGUGACAAGGGCAGUGUUACCCCAGAGCAGGGACUGACUGGACCCAAACCCAGGCAGCUGUCUGCAGCAGCUGGCGGAUCCGGAUCCCUGUCCCCCAUGGUGAUUACAUGCCAGGCUGUAGUGAACCAGAGGGAAGACAGCAUGGACCGAGAGCCCAGGGAGAGCAUGGGCAAAGGGGGCGGCAGCAGAGUCUUGAAUUCCUCCUCCCCAGAAGGGACAGUCUUGGUUCACAGGGCAUCUGGCAGGCUGCCUGUGGCUACCAUUGCCCCCAAUAAGCCCGAGCAGGGCUCAUACCUGCCUGUGCUCAAGAUUGUCUCCAAAGCUUCCACCCAGAAGACCCCAGAGAAACUCAAGGAGGAGGAGGUCAAGGAGGAAGGGAAAGCCACAAAGCCAGCCCGGAAUGCCCUGGAGAAGCUGACUGCAGCGGUGAGGUCCAUGGAAGAGUUGUACAGCUUCAACAGAAACGAGUGGAAGCGCAAAAGUGACCCCUUGCCUAUGAUGAUGGACAGCCACGUGCUGUCACUCAUUGCCAGUGAGGAGAGGGAAGGGGUAGUGGGUGCUGAGGGAGACCAGGACAGGUUGUCCAAACGGCUGGGUGAGGUAGAAGGGCGGGGCACAGGAAACAAAGCUGGUGUGGUCCUGCGAGGGGCACCCAUAGAACGCCUGCAGCGGAGGAACUCCAACCCCAGCGCUGAGAGUGUGUCUGCAAGGGCAGCGGCCUUUGAGAACCUGGCCAGGGAAAGACCCCGAUCUCUCUACAUUCCCCCAGUCCACAAGGAUGUGGAGAGAACCCAAACCCUGCAACCCCUCCCACCACUCCCCAGCAACCGGAACGUGUUCACAGUGAGUGCCAGCAGCAUCCAGAAAACUGGGGGUGUCGCUGGGAAGUUCCCACAAGGACCUUCUCCAGAGAGUCCUUCAGCAGCUAAGGGCAUCAAAUCUCAGGGACUCCGGUCCCUCAAGAUCUCUCCGGCCACCCGGGCACCUCCUGAUGAGGUGACCAACAGGAAAAGUGGCAGCAAUUUGGAGAAGAGCAACAGUGACUGUGAGAAUUACCUGACCAUCCCUCUUAAAGGAAGCUCUGCUGCAGGGGAACUUCCUGGCAGGCCUGGGGCUUCCAGGGAGGGACCUCCCAACUCCUCAGCUGCCACUCUCUGCAGUUUACCCCCACUGAGUGCCCGCAGUCAGGUCCCCAGUAGCUCCAAAGGCUCUCAGGUUAGUGGAACCAGUCGACCAGCUUGGCGUACUAAACCUGACAACCCCCGGGAGACAGUAGCUGCCCCCCCAGGGCCACAGAGCCCUGAGCAUCCCCCCACCACCAUCUACCACCAACCGCCGCUGCCCUUCACCCUACAGGGAGCCCAGCCCCAGGUCCUCUGCUUCUCCCCACCCAGCAUGCCUGCCCCAGCACCUGCAGGCCCAGCUCCAGUCCCCACAGACCCCUUCCAGCAGCCACAGCCUCAGCAGACCCAGCGUAAGAUGCUCCUGGAUGUGACAACUGGCCAGUAUUAUCUGGUGGAUACACCAGUACAGCCCAUGACCCGGAGACUGUUUGACCCUGAGACAGGGCAGUAUGUGGAUGUGCCCAUGACCUCCCAGCAGCAGGCUGUGGCUCCCAUGUCCAUCCCUGUGUCUCCCUUGGCCCUGAGUCCUGGGGCUUAUGGACCCACCUACAUGAUUUAUCCUGGGUUUCUGCCCACCGUGCUGCCCCCCAAUGCCCUGCAGCCCACACCAAUUGCUCGCACUCCAGGAGGCAGUGAGCUCUCCCCAAUGGCGACAGAGUCUUCCAGCAAAGAGGCAGCUGCAACGUUCACUGAGGCUCCAUACUUCAUGGCUUCUGGUCAGUCUCCAGUCUCCUUAUCCUCCUCAGCCCCAGCAGCCACAUCCCAGCUUGUAGGGGCCAAGGGCUUUGCCCAGCUGCAUGGCAAGCCUGUCAUCAGCAUUACUUCGCAGCCCCUGGGGCCACGGAUCAUUGCUCCCCCUUCCUUUGAUGGCACCACCAUGAGCUUUGUGGUAGAACACAGAUGAUGAGCAGCCACCAGGAAGUGGAAUGAAACAACUGCUGGAGCAAGACAAAAAGAUGGACUAUUCUUCUUUAAUCCAGAAUUUGCGUUGUGAUAGCACUAAGAGUUAAUUCAUCUGAAAAACUUCUUCGACAUGUGUUAUUCUUAAUUUUUGCUUCUUAUAAGCCAAGUGUGUAAGUUUCUAUGUCUUCCUGAACAACUCUCUUAAGGCAGUUUUUAUUUUAAUUUUGUUAAGUUGAUUGAAUGAUUGCAUUUUUUCCCUUUACGAUUAUUUCUUUUUAUACUUCAACACAGGAUAUAAGCUUUCUAUUCACCUCCUUCCCCACUGCACUUAUGACUAGGCAAACAAUUCCUUUGUUCCCAUCAAUCAGUCAAAACAUGCAACAGAAUGGGAUUGGCUCUGUUGUAAACCAAGCCAGCAAAUCAGUAAUUUGAAUUACGAAUCUCUUUACAGAUUCUUGGAAUAUCAAGACUAGCUGGCUGAGUUGUAAUACAUAUUUAAGUUUUCAGUAUGAUGGUCUGCUCUUUGAAUCAUAUACCAGCCAAGCCUAUUCAUUCUCUUGGUUAUGCUCUAUGUGUUCUUUUAUUGGGUUUGGCAUGAUUUCAAAUGUGAUUGUGAAAAAUGGUGGUUUUAAUGUUUGUGCUUUAUUUUUCCCAUUUGUACAAUGUCAUGACACUAUUUGUUGCCUUAAAAUAGAAUGGCUUGAAAUACUGGAGAGCCAAUGAUUGCAUUUAAAAUUAAGUACCUAGUUUCAGAAAGAUAUAAAAUAUCUAUUUUCCUUUAAGAAUCGAAUUAUUUUUGUGGGUGUAUAGCAUUUUUCUUUUCGUCAGUAAUUCCCUCCAUAGUUGCAUACUCCUGUCUCUCAUGGAUUGUUCGGAGUCUGAAGAGUGAUCCGUUUGGGAUACUAGAGAAGAAUAUGGCACUAAUUCAGUGGCUCUGAUUCACUCCAACCCUAGCCUCACUGUCCCAUAGCAGUAACCUAGAGUUAUAGCACUUGUUCCCCAUGACGCAGAUUUGAAGAGAUGUCAAGAAUCCAAAUCAUGGAAUCUUUUAUCGACAUUAAGUACUGUCUCAGUUGUAACCCAAUUCUGAAGGCUGUCUGAGUGAGUGUUCACAGUGAGUCUUGAAGACUUGAUUGAACAGAUAUUUAGCUUGUCAUAAUAAGUGUGUCGAUAUAUACUUGGCAAAUGUUACAUUAAAACAUUUCUUAUGUUUCUAAUGUUUUAUUUUUUAAAGGAAUAAUUUGAAGGUUUUUCCCAGGCUUUUUUUUUUUUUUUUUCUUUUAAGAAUCUCCGUUUAUUUACCAAUUUGUUUAAAGAUAAAGUAUUCUGGUAAUUUCUUAAAUGCCCUAUUGUUAUUUUAAUCAUUGGCAAUAUUUGGUUUCUGCUUAAAAUUUCUUCAUUUGUCAUGAGUCGCAUAAAAUUAUUAAUUAUCAGCACUUAUUCACCUCACAGGCAUGAGGUAAAUCUCACUCUUCAUUUUUAUUCUUUUGUCAUUUCUGGAGGUUGCACGAAUAUUUGAAUGAAGUGAUAUACUCUGUCUUUUACAACUCAAGUGGAAUCAAUCAAGAGUCUAUGAAACCUGACCCGUAAAACUAUUAUCCUAAUAAUGUCUCUUUAGCUACUGAACUUCCCUUUUAUGUUUUAUUACCAUAAAACCACUAGUAAAACAUUUCCUAAAUAGUGCCUUGAGCUUGAAUCUAGUCAGAAUUGCAGAGUCUGGCUUUCAUAAUAUCCUCUUAGGGUUAUAUGUGUGACUCAGUUUUCCAGAAGAGCCACGUUGUACUUCUUGAUAAAAUAUUUGAAAUAUGCCCCAUUUCAAUUGUUUCUGGAAAACUAAACACAUUUAUAACCAUAUAAAAAUUUAAUUCACUAGAAUGUAUAUUUUUUUAAAGUACUCACUGAAAUUGCCCUCAGGAUUAAGGGAAGGCCCAGAUAUGCAGGUAAUGACAUAGCAGAUAGGCUCUCUACAUGUCCGUUUAUCAUGGAGUAAAUAAGCUAAAACAAGUUACACUUUACACCUUUGUAACACAUCUCAACUAUUGACACACAUUUCUAAUACAUCCUUAUAUCACUGGAACUAUCUGGUGAUAUAAAUUCCCUUUUCUUACUUUCAAAUUUGACAUUAUCAUCCUCGCCUCUUAAAAAGAUACAUUUUAAUUGUUUUCAUACUUCAUGGAAAUCAAAGUCUGUGUUUGCUACAAAUUGAAUGCUCAUGUUACCUGUAAUAAUACUUUGGACUGCAGGACAGGACACUUGAUUCCUAAGUGGAUUGACUAUAAUCUCAUGAUAAGUAUGUAUAUGUGCAUGGGAAAACAACAUUCAAUAAUAGUCUUUGUGUUUAAAAACUAUCAUGGUAUACAUUUUCUUAUGUGGUGCUUGAGGAGUUUCAUUCUACAGUUUACAAGGUGUAGGUUUGCACCCCAAAUUCUCAGGGUAUGCUAUUUCACCCAAAUACUUGAAAGAAAAAGGUGCCCUGUAUUUUACCAGUACUGUUGAGGGGGGAAUUUUUUGUGUAAGUUUGUUUGAGAAAACUGCUUAUAAAAAUCAAAUUCACAAAAUAUGUUAGGCUUUCACAUAAUUUUAAGGAUAUAUAUAGAAAUAAGAUAUAUAUUAUCAAGACACUGCUUAUAUAUUCUUAACUAACUUCUGGGUCCUAAGUAGACCUCACAGGUGCAUAAAAUCAUUAAUAAAGCAUGUAGCAAUUGCUAAUUGGUGCCUUAAGCUUGAAUCUAAUCAGAACUGUGGACUCUGGUCCUCUCGGGAAAGAAACAUGUCCUUUUGUGGCACGUGUGAGUACUAGGCCCGGUGGAAGCGUCUGAAAAUUGAACUCCUUUGUAUGUCCUGUGUCUCAGAGGAGAACGGAAUGUUCAGAGCAGCGUUUGUAAGCUGUUAACAUUCAGUGUUUCAUGUUGCAACUAGAGCACAUUGUUAGAUUUAUUCCUAUUUAAUUCAUAAUGGUGCAGAAUAAAACACACACAUCUAAUUUGAUUUCUUUUUCUUUUUUUUAAGUUUCAUAAUUGCUUUUUACAGCUACUGUUAAUAGCAAAAAGUCCUUCCCAGGGCUCCCUGAAUAACCUACCGUACCUGUAUCCAUAGCAGGUGAUCCUUUCUUUUUUUACCCACUUUGAAGAUGUGUGUUUCUGUAUUUACACAUAAAUCAUACUUUUGUAUAGUAAAGACAGCAGUGGUUGAAAAGAAUGUGAACGAUGUAGAAGUUACGUUGGAACAGAGGAGAGUAAAUUGUGUAAUUAAUGGGGAAGGACAUUGGAUAAUGUUGUACCCCUGACUAUGAAAGAAGCUGAUGGUAAAUGGGAAGAAUAUGAAAUUUUAAACUGCUCUCAAUAUAGGAAUCUUGGUGGAAAAGGUUCUACCUGAGGUCUGAUGUGAUUCAAUUGUAGAAUGCAAUGAGCUUGGCCAAGGAGACUUUGAAUCCAGUCAAGAGGACUUUGAAUCUCAACAGCGCUGAGAAUCACAUUUUCAGUGGAUUGCAUAUGGAGUAAACUAUUUAGACAAGGAUUCUGUAAGACUAGUCAACCUACCUUUAAUUGCCAGCAUUUGUAAAUGAUUGUGCAAUCUCGUGUAAUGGUCUCUUAUUUUGACUGUUUUCGAAAAAAAUGUUUUAUUUUUUUUUCCCGAGUAAAAGUAAUUUCAAAGAAAA